GGCCGGAAGCGCGGUGCGGGCGGGAGCGGGUCCCAUGGAGGAGCCCGAUGCGGACCCCGAGGCGGGGUUCUACGAGCGGUUCGCGGAUGAGCUGGAGGCGCUGGCCGAGCUGGGAGGUGACCCGACCCCAGCCGCUGGAUGCAGAAUCUCCCAGUUCCGGGACAGGAGGCAGCCGCCAAAGGAGCCCGAACCCCCCGGGGACCCCGACGGGGGCAGCAGCUCCAGGAAGAGGGAUCGGGGCUCCCCCGGUUCCCCGCCCGCAGCCCGCACCCCGAAGCCCAAGCGGCAGCGGCUGGAAGCUGUUAAGAAGCUCAGCUUCGGAGUGGAUGAUGAGUUGGCUCCGGAUGGCCCCUGGGAUGCUGGCCCAGAGGAGCCUGCUCCUCAGGCUGUCAGCUCGGACCACCUGGACAUCAGUGGCAUGGCCCCACUGCAGAACACACCACCCUCCGAGAAGAAGCGGGUCCUCAAGCGGCCGCCCAUCCUGGAGGACUACAUCAAUGUGACAUCCACCGAGGGCACCAGGGUCUUCAUGGUCCUGAGGGAUGGUUCCUCCAGGACAGGGGUGGAGCUCCCUGAUUCCCUGGGCUGGAAUACACGGCGGCCGCUCCACUUGCUGGGGGUGCCAUUCUCCUACCUGAAGGAACAAGUGAAUGAAGAGCGUCGAAGAUGUGUUCUGGAGGCAUCACAGCAGCUCACGGAGAUAAUCAACAGUUGCCUCGAGAGUGAGACCAGCACCGAGAGCCCAGAGCCUGCUGUGGAAGCGGAGCCGACAGACGAGGAGGACUCAGCGCUGCAUUGCCUCUGGGUGGACAGGUUCACUCCUCGGCGCUACAUGGAGCUGCUCAGUGAUGAUUACACAAACCGCUGCCUUCUGAAGUGGCUCAAGCUGUGGGACACGGUGGUGUUUGGGAAGGAGAAGGCUGUGAAGAAGGCCAAGGCCAGCACUGAAGCUCAUCCUCCAUUCAACCAACCCAAGGAGCAGCACAGUAAAUGGAAAACGAAGGUCCAGCUCACAGAGGAGAUUCUGGAGGCUGAGCUGGACCAGCACAAGAGACCCAAAUAUAAGGUAGCCCUGCUCUGUGGCCCACCUGGCUUGGGAAAGACCACUCUGGCACAUGUCAUUGCAAAGCAUGCGGGGUACAACGCUGUCGAGAUGAAUGCCAGUGACGACCGUAGCCCUGAGGUGUUCAAAACCCGCAUUGAAGCUGCCACCCAGAUGAAGUCUGUGCUGGGCACCAACGAGAAGCCCAACUGCCUGAUCAUUGACGAGAUAGACGGUGCGCCUGCGGCAUCUAUCAGCGUGCUGCUGAACAUCAUCAACCGUAAGGAUGCGCAGGGCGAGGCAGCGGCCGGCAUGGGCCGGCGGAGGCAGCGGGAGGGCGGAUUGCUGCUCAGGCCCAUCAUCUGCAUCUGCAACGACCAGUACGUCCCUGCGCUGCGGCCGCUGCGGCAGCAAUCCUUCCUGCUCGUCUUCCCUCGGACAGCACCAUCCCGGCUGGCCCAGCGGCUCUGCGAGAUCGCCCUGCAGCAGGGCAUGCGGGCGGACGCGGGCGCGCUGCUGGCGCUGUGCGAGAAGACGGAGAAUGACAUCCGCUCGUGCAUAAACACCCUGCAGUUCCUGCACAGCCGAGGCCAGAAGGAGCUGAGCAUGCAGAUGGUGCAGACGAUGAGGAUCGGCUUGAAGGACCAAAACAAGGGGCUGUUCUCCAUCUGGCAAGAGAUCUUCCAGCUUCCAAAGGUCCAAAGGCACAGGAUCGGAAUGGACCCCGCUUUGCCAGCCCAGCUCCUGGUGGGUGAUGAGGAUCUGUCGUACCCCGGGGGGAAGGCUGGCUUCAGUGCAUCCUCCCACCGCUUCCACCACAUCCUACACCUUGCUGUCUCCUCGGGGGAGCAGGAGAAGCUCGCUCAGGGUCUCUACGAGAACUUCCUGAACAUGAGGGUGCGGGACUCCAGUUUCAGCACCGUGUGCUUGGCCCUGGAGUGGUUGGGAUUCUCCGACCUGCUGAGCCGGGCUGUGCUGCACAGGCAGAGCUUCCAGCUGAUGCGGUACCUGCCCUUCCUGCCCGUGGCUUUCCACCUCCUCUUCGCAGCCACCAGCAUCCCCCGGCUCUCUUACCCCAGCAGCCAGCACGAGGCCCUGGCCAAGCUGAACCACAUGCAGAACCUCGUCAUGUCCAUGGUGUCAGGGAUAACGCCCAGCGCCCGCAGCCGUGCAGGGCAUCAGUCUCUUGUCUUGGAGGUGCUGUGCCUGCUGCUGGACAUCAUCGCCCCGAAGCUCCGACCGGUGAACACCCAGCUCUACAGCCUCAAGGAGAAGCAGCAGCUGGCAGACCUCAUCAGCACCAUGCUGGCCUACAACCUCACCUACCACCAGGAGCGCCUGCCCGAGGGCCAGUACAUCUACAAGCUCGACCCGAAUGUGGAGGACGUGUGCCGGUUCCCGGACCUGCCGGCUCGCAGGCAGCUCAGCUACCAAGCCAAGCAGCUCAUUGCCAGGGAGAUAGAGCUGGAGAAGAUGAGGAGGACGGAGGCUCUGCUGCAGGCCCGGAACCUGGGAGAGGAGCCUGGGAAGAGCUUCGGCAAGGCAGGAGACAGCAUGGACACGGUGCCCCCCAACCACCAGCAGCGCCUGGAGCACAUCGUCAAGAGGGCAGCUGUGGAGGACAAGCCUGAGAAAGACUUCUUCGGGCGGCCCAUUCGGCGGCAGCAGAAAGCCGCAGCCCCAGCCCCUCAGGCCUCCAAGGAGGAAUCCCUGGAGAACCAGAUGGGAAAAGCUGUGGGGAAGAGCGACGUCUGGUUCCGGUUUAAUGAAGGGGUUUCCAACGCCGUCAGGAGGAACAUCUACAUCAAGGACCUGCUCUAGGGGGGUAGCAGUGAAACCAGGAACUUAUGGAACUGAAGGGGAAACGAUGGCUUUUGGCUUCAGUUUUGGGGUGUGCGUGGUUAUUUUGGGGU